GAUGGUUAUUACUCGCACCGCCCGAAGGAGAAAAGUAGAGUGGACAGCAACAAUGAGAACUCUGUACCAAAAGACUUUGAAAACAUAGACAAUAGUAACUUUGGUGCACGCUCACAGCCGCACCGGCAGUCCGUAGGAGCCACCAGCAGCAAACAGCAGCGGGAACACCUGCAGGAGAAGGCGCACGCACAGCAGCAGGCCUGGAAGGGGAGCCGCAGCUCCAACGAAGUCCUGCCUGUGGGCCACCAGUCGCUGGUGGUCGGUAACAAUGCCUCCUACCCGGGUGUGCAGAGUGUGGCGGGAGUGUCACCGCAGCCCUACCGUGCCUCACAGGUCCAGCAGGCGCAGUCACAGCACAGACAUCAACACCCACACAGGAGGCAGGCGACGGCAGCACCACUGGAGGUGACCUACGACCAGCCGCCCAAGUGUGAGAUCAGUGGAAAGGAAGCCAUCUCAGCUCUAUCCAGAGCCAAGAGCAAAGAGUGUCGACAACAGAUUGCUGAGGUGUACUGCAGACACAAGGAGGGGCAGUUAAUGCCUGAGAAGGUCACUCGCUACUGCCCAAUUGAGGGUAAGGCCAACGCUAACGUUCAGUGGGAUGAGGACUCUGCUGAGAGCUUUCCAUUAAAACCAGUAAGGAUAGCGUUUGUACUGGUGGUCCAUGGACGAGCCUCUCGCCAGUUUCACCGCCUCUUCAAAGCCAUCUACCACACGUCACACUUCUACUACAUCCAUGUCGAUCAGCGCUCAAACUACCUGCACAGACAGGUGCAUGCCUUGGCUGCCCAGUAUCCGAAUGUGAGGGUGACACCUUGGCGCAUGGCCACCAUCUGGGGCGGUGCCAGUCUGCUGACCAUGUAUCUCCGCAGCAUGGCUGACCUGCUGGCCAUGAGGGACUGGAGCUGGGAUUUCUUUAUCAACCUCAGUGCUGCCGACUACCCCAUCAGGACCAACAACCAGCUCGUGGCCUUCCUGUCCAAAUACAGAGACAUGAACUUCAUCAAGUCCCACGGCAGAGACAACGCCAGGUUCAUUCGUAAGCAGGGUCUGGAUCGUCUCUUCCUUGAGUGCGACACACACAUGUGGCGGCUGGGUGACCGCAAAAUCCCUGAAGGCAUCUCUGUGGACGGUGGUUCUGACUGGUUCCUUCUCAACCGCAUGUUUGUCGAAUAUGUUAUAAACUCCAAGGACGAUCUGGUCACCAACAUGAAGCGCUUCUACGCCUACACUCUGCUGCCUGCAGAGUCGUUCUUCCACACGGUGCUGGAGAACAGCGCCCACUGUGAGAGCAUGGUGGAUAACAACCUGCGCAUCACCAACUGGAACCGCAAACUGGGCUGUAAGUGCCAGUACAAGCACAUCGUGGAUUGGUGUGGAUGCUCCCCGAACGACUUCAAACCUGCCGACUUCCACCGCUUCCAGCAAACGGUGCGGCCCACCUUCUUCGCCCGGAAGUUUGAAGCCAGCGUGAACCAGGAGAUAGUCAACCAGCUGGACACCUAUCUGUUCGGACCGUUUCCCCAGGGAACAGCGAGCCUCAACUCAUACUGGGAGAAUGUGUACGAUGAGCCAGAUGGCUUUACCAGCCUGUCAGACACGCAGCUCACGUACUUCCACUCCUUCUCACGGCUGGGCCUGGCCCGAGCUGCUUCCUCUCUGCAGGGAAACCCGAAGGAUCACAGCUGCAGGUACUUCCCCAUGGGCCACCCCGUGUCUGUCCAUCUCUACUUCCAAUCAGACCAGUUCCAGGGCUACCUGGUCAAGCACCAUGCCACCAAUCUGGCCACUAGCAAACUGGAGACGAUGGAGACUUGGGUGGCACCCAAGAAGAACUUCAAGCUAACAACGCCUCCCAGCAGCACAUUCAGCCGGUUGCAGUUGGCAGAGAUCGGCACAGAGUGGGACGCCAAGGAACGAAUCUUCCGAAACUAUGGCGGCCUGAUGGGCCCCAUGGACGAGACUGUGGGCAUGCAGAAGUGGAACAAGGGCCCCAACGUCACCGUCACAGUAGUGUGGAUCGACCCCACCAAUGUCAUCGCAGCCACCUACGACAUUUUGAUCGACGCCAGCGCUGAGUUCACACACUACCGCCCACCGCUCAACCAGCCUCUGCGGCCUGGUGUGUGGAGCGUCCGCAUCCUGCAUCACUGGAGCCCUGUAGCUGAGAUGCACUUCCUCAUCGCCCCGUUGGCCUAUAACAAGCACCAGCCGAUAAGACAAGAUGAUACUCUGAAGCUCCACAACGGGCCAGCAAAGAACAGCUACAUGGAGCAGAGCUUCCACGGCCUCAACCCAGUGCUCAACAUCCCCGUCAGCCUGGGCUUCGUGGAGCAGGCCAAGAGGAACGCAGCCCUGACCGGCCCGGAGCUGGAGCGUUGGUUAGAUAGCCUGGUGGGCGAGUUGUGGGAGGCGGCUGACGUCUGCGCCGUAGGCCCGACCGCCUGUCCUGUCAUGCAGGCCUGCCCCAAGAACCCUUGGAGCUCCCUGAGCCCAGACCCCAAAUCCCAUCUAGGAGCGCCCCGCGCAAAUGGGCGCGUCAGGUAGCAACGAGGCCUCCAGCUGGACAGGAGGCCACGAUACUGUUGAUUUUCUAUUUAUUUACGAUGCUUGAUGCAGACGGGGGUAAGGAACAGUCUUCUUCCUCUGUCUUGGAAUGAGAAGGAAACAAAAGAAAAAGUUUUUUUUGUGUGAGGUUGGUGAGGGUGUCUGGACAGAACGCAAGCAGAAUGAUUUUCAGAUCCUCCCACGAGGUUCCUCCUUUUAGGGGAUUAUGCUGGCUUUGCUAUUUUCUGUUUCUCAGUGUAUUUAUUUUUCUUCUCAUGGCUGAGUUCUACUGUGAUCAAACGUUGCAAUUUUUCAGCAUUUAUUUUGCUGUUGAAUGAAUUAUGAAGUCAGCUUUUAAAGCUGUGCACGGGGCACAGCGGUCAUGUGAGCGAGGAUUGUCGACACUGGCAGGAGGCAAAGUUCUGCUGCAAAAAGGCCUUAGCUGUCAAACAUAUUUAAAAAGGAAGCCUGCUACUGAAUUUAAUGUGCCUCAUUUAGGGUAUGUCAACAUAUACAAAAAGAAGAAGACUAUAUCUGAGUGUUCAGAUACGCCAAAACAUUUGAAAAAUAAUUAUUUUGUAACACUUGCAGCACCAUUUGAAGCAACUUUGAAGGACAAAUACUUGUGAUUGUUAAAAAACAAUUUAUUGAAAUGAGUUUCUGAUAGUCCAGUGAUUCAGCGUGUAAAUCAGUAGAAUUAAUCAGAAACAGCAGCACAACUUCAUUCAGUUGAGUGCCUGAUCAGGAUGUGGAACUGCUGUGGCCGGGCGAACCAUCUGCUGCAGUCACAUUGUUGAAAUAAAGGAAAAAGACAAAUGCAAAUCCAGAGGCCUUCUCAGAACAAUUAAACAUAUUUGGAUUAUAAUAGAAACUUAAUAUAGCCAUUGUAGUGUUCUGAAUCCACAAAUGCCUCAUUUGUGGUUGUGGUACUAUAGUAUUUGAAGAUUUAACAUUCACAUAGUAUAGUUUUUUUUUUUUUUUUCAUUUGUCAUGGAAUCAAGAUGUAGUGACAGGCAGAGGACACAGAGACAAUUGCUUUGUUCACCUGCCUCCAACUUGAAAACACAAUUAUCUCAAGUUGACCUUAAAAACUCUCAUUCUUCUUUUUUUUAAACUUUAUUCCAGUGGUUUUAAUGCCACUUUGUGUACAUGAUUAUACAUGAAGUCUGUGUGAGUGGGGAGGGGGGUAUGGGGGAGUCCAUGAGUCGCUAUUUAUUUAUAAGUUUAUAUAAAUGCUGAUAUUUUUAGUCAGUGACUAAAUAAUUGCGACGCUGCCUUGGCAGCAUGAUACAUAUUUUUUUGUAAAGAAAGCCGCCUUUAUUUACAAAGGCCAACACCCCAAACUUAGACUGUACCUUCAAGGCCCACAUCCGUGUGUUAACGUCAGUGUUGUCCUGUCUGAAAAGAUCCUCUUGUCAUGGUUACUGACACGGCUGUUUGCCAAGUGCAUCGCAAGAGAAAGUCACCUCGACCUGUCAGGUCAGGUCAGAGGCCAGCUACCUGACAACCUCACCAAACAGAGAAGGUGCACAAAAAACACUCCUCACAACCAAACACCCUGGACAAUGUCUGACCAUGGAAGGAGGAACUGUGCUGUUAGGUGUUUUAACAGUUCGUAAGUGUUUCAGAAAGAUAGUGAGUGGUGGUGAUCUCCAAUGCUGUGACAAUAAUGAACAAUUCCAAGUGAAUACUAUACGGCGCCUUUAUUGCAAAAUGCAUCUUUUUUUUAGUUUGCGUGUAUGACACCUUUUCAACGCUACAUCUGAAGACAUCGAGCCAUCGAGACAAUCUCUGGACAUUUGAGAUGAGUUAAUUACACCGAGAGCAGCACUGAACCGCAGCACAUCCUGAACAAGGAGAGUGGUGGCAUAUUUGUUUACUUUGAAAUAAGUUUCAUCUCAAGCCAAUUAGGACUUCAAUCUGCGAUUGUCAACAUUGUUUAGCCACCACACGGGCUAAGUGAGUGUUUUCGCACUGGCUAAUUAAGAGACAUUACUGUUCAUUAAUGUCAAGUUCACCUUGCCUCUCUGUCGGAUGUGUCCAUUAUAAUCACGCCUUCCCUCUCAAGCCCUAACUGUUUCCAAGGUUUGGUUGAAAAGGACUACUUUGUUUUUCACUGGCCAGCUUCUGUUGCCACCUUUUAACUUCGAGUGCCACCAUUGCUCAGAACAAUUACUGCUCAUAAUACAUAUUAUUAUUAUGUAAGCUCAAUGACAGUUUUGGAAAAAAGGUGAAUACAAUAAAUAUAAGUCAUUGUGAAAGUCCUAUUUUGUAACAAAAUAAUGAACAAGUGAAGAAGAUGUACAUAGGUAUUUUAUAUUGAAAUGUUGUUUAAAAGGUAUUGUACAUGUAAAUACAGAUGUGGUAAAAUGACAUUGAAUUAUAAGAGUUUUUGAAGUCUCAGUAAGUGGACACAGAGUGGAUUGGUGGUGUUAUUUGAUUAAAGUAAAUAACCUGUUUCAGUGUUUCUGGACAGCUUUGACAACACCUUUGUCCCAUUUGCCUCUCAGAGAAAAAAUCACAUGCCAGAUUGUUGUUGUUCUUGCUGGAAUGUAUUGUUGAGCAACUGUUGCACAAAAAUUUCUCUGAACUGAACUGACGUUUCCCCCGUUAUUUCUUUUAUUUUUAUUUGUUUCAGGGGAGGCUCUGUGUGCCUUAGCUGACUUUUAGAACCUUCUCUUUCCAUUAAAGGAAAACAAAAAACGUAUUUUGUUAUUUGUUUUGAUCUUGAAGAAUACCAUGAGUUUGUUGAGUGAUUCACUGGUACUGCAACACCAAAAAAGAUGUCUGCUGUUGUAUAUAUCAUCAGGCCUUCUGUCUGUAUCAGCUGUUUUUUUUUUUCUCUUCCCUUUGGGGGAUUUGUUUUGUUGUACUUGACUGGCUUGUUUUACUUUUCUCUGACUGCUUUUUGGAAAUAAAAUUCUAUGGAAAAACA